AUGGUGGAGAGCGAGCUGGCCGCGGCCGGCCCCUUCCGCGCGUACGACGUGGAAGUCGUGGCGGACCAGUUCGCGCGCAAGAUCAACGCCCUCUGCGUGUGGGGGCGGCAGCUUCUCGCGGGCGUCGGGGACGGCAGCCUGCUGUUCUUCGAAGAGCCGCCGCCGCGCCCUGCUGAGGAAGCUUCUGGCGGCGGCAGCGGCGGCGGCGGCGGCGGGAGCGGCGCGCCGGCGGGGCCGGCGCCGCCGUGGCAGGUGACGCGGCUGGAGAAGGGUUUCUGCAAAAAGCCGAUCCUGCAGCUGGAAGUGGUACUUGAGGGCGAGCCCGCGGGGCCGGCCUUGAUCUGCCUCACAGGUGCGGUCCCCGGCCAGCAGGCGCGCAUGGGCGCCUGCAGCCCCCUUGCAGACCCCGCGGCGCGCGCGCGGCGGCGGCCGGGACGCGGCGCGGCGCGACGCGGCGCAGGGCUGCCGACAAGCUUGAUAGCGGGCGGCUGA